GGCAGCGUGGGGACAUAAAAGGCGGUAGAGGCAGCACUGUAGGGCCACAGCUCCAGAUCUUCAGCCAUGCCUAUGCUCACUCUGUGCCUCCUGUGGGUCCUGAGCACAACAGCCUGGCCUGCCCCAGUGGCCCCCAUUGGUGACCCAGAGCCGGCACAGCAUGAAGAGCUGACCUUGCUCUUCCACGGAGCCCUACAGUUGGCUCAGGCCCUCAACAGUGUAUACAAGGCCACCGAGGCACGGCUGAUGGAGGCCAGGCAUAGCCUGGGCCUCUAUGGCCACGCACUACAGCUCCUGGGAUUACAAGUCAGCCAAGGCCAGGAUGCAACUCAGGAACUCCGCACGAACUUGUUGGGAAUACAGAUGGAUGAAGACACUCUGCAGCUGCAAGCGAAGGCCACGGCCCAGGAGUUGGCGGAGGUGGCCCAGGCCCAGCAGGUGCUUCAGGACAGUGUGCAGCGCCUGGACGGCCAGCUGAGGGGUGCCUGGCUGGGCCGUGCCCACCAUGAACUUGAGACCUUAAAGGUUCAUGCUGACAAGCAGAGCCACCUCAUGUGGGUCCUCACGGGCCACAUGCAGCGACAGAGGCGAGAGAUGGCAGAGCAGCAGCAAUGGCUGCAGCAGAUUGAGGAGCGAGUUGAGUGUUCCUCCCCAGGCUGCACACAGCGGCACUCCCAGCCUGAGCACGUCUACGUGGACCAGAGGACCAGUCGUGCAGCAAGAGAUGUGUCCAAGGGACAUCUCCACGUGCCAUGCGGCCCUGCGAAGGUGGAGCUGCCUGUCUGCUGGGGUCGGCCAGGGCGCUCUGGUUCCGGGCACAGGGCAGAGGCGGCAGCCGGCGGGGCACAGGCAAAGGAUGCAGCCCCGAGAGCAGGGAGGAGGAAGGAUGUAUAUUCCUUCUCGCCUCAUUAAAGCAGAGCAGUGCAUUUCA